UAAGCAACACAGCAUGGAUUCAUGAAAGACAGAAGAGGUGAGCAAAACCUUGGACAGAGGGGUGGCUGUAGAUGGUAUACUUGGACAGAGGGGGUGGCGGUGGGCGUGUUAUACUUGGGCAGAGGGGUGGCGGUGGACAUGGUUUACUUGGGCAGAGGGGUGGUGGUGGACGUGGUAUACUUGGGCAGAGGGGUGGCUGUGGAAGUGGUAUACUUGGACAGAGGGUAGGCUUUGGAUGUGGUAUGCUUGGAC